AUGUCGUCCAGAGCCACCAAACGCCGCAGGCUCACACCUCCUCCCGAAGACGAGCAAGACGCCGCCGGCAAGAGCUCCAAGAAGAUCCAAAAGUCUUUCUUCAAGAACGCCGCCAGCUGGAACUUGGAGCAGGACUAUGAGAACCGCCCGCGAAAGGGGAAGAAGGAAAAGAAGGACAGCCAUCGGCUGCCCAUCAAGACGGCCGACGGCCGCCUCGAACAGUACCAGCCCCUCGAGGGCGACAACAGAGAUGACGACGCCGCCUCGGUUGAGAGCGACGGCGAAUGGCUCGAGGGUCGCGAGGAUGAAGACGCCACCGCCGAAGCGGCCGCCGAACGGCUGCGUCAGGAUCGCCGGAAGGAGGAGGAAGAGUCGAACCUGCCGGAGCCCGUCCAGAUCCACCAGGCUAAGGAGGAGCUCGCCAAGAUCGCAAUGGCGCUGAACGAGGACCCGGAGGAGAACGUCGGCGCUUUCAAGGCCCUCGCCAAGAUCGGCCAGUCGCGCAUCCAGGCCAUCCAGAAGCUCACGCUGGCCACCCAGCUCGCCGUCUACAAGGAUGUCAUCCCGGGCUACCGCAUCCGGCCUGUCGCCGAGGACGCCCCCGUCGAGAAGCUUUCCAAAGAGGUCCGCAAACUGCGUGCCUUUGAGCAGGCCCUCGUGUCCGGAUACCAGGGGUACGUCAAGGAGCUGGCCAAGUGGGCAAAGGCCGACAUCCCUACCACACGCAAGACAGGGCAAAGCAUCUCGAGCGUCGCCAUCGCGUGCGCCUGCACGCUCGUCAACGCGGUGCCGCACUUCAACUUCCGCAACGACCUGCUCAAGAUUCUCGUCAGCAAGCUCUCAAAACGGAAAAUCGACGCCGACUAUGUGAAAUGCCGCCGUUCGCUCGAGACGCUCUUCAUCGAGGACGAGGAGGGCCGUCCCUCGAUGGAGGCUGUGUCGUUGUUGGCCAAGAUGAUGAAGGCCCGUGGCUUCGCCGUCGACGAGAGCGUGCCGAACCUCUUCCUCCACCUGCGCCUGCUGUCCGAGUUCGCCGGCAAGGCGUCACAGGACCGUGUUGACCGGGAGCACGACCCGAGCGCGCCGCCACCGCAAUCCCGCAAGAGCUUCAAGAAGGAGUUCCGCACCAAGAAGGAGCGCAAGAUGCUCAAGGAGCAAAAGGCUAUCGAGAAGGACAUGCAGCAGGCCGAUGCCCUCGUCAGCCACGAGGAGCGCGAGCGCAUGCAGUCAGAGACGCUCAAGCUCGUCUUCGCGUCCUACUUCCGCAUCCUGAAGAUGCGCGUGCCGCAUCUUAUGGGCGCCGUUCUCGAGGGCCUGGCGAAGUACGCCCACCUUAUCAAUCAGGACUUCUUCGGCGAUUUGUUGGAAGCUCUCAAGGACCUCAUUCGUCACGCUCAGGAAGACGCCGAAGGUAACUCCGUCGACGCCGACGGCGAGGAAAACCAAGAAGCAGACGCCAGCGACGACGAUGAUGGCGGCCCGUCCCGCAACACCACCCGCGAGGCCCUCCUCUGCGCCGUGACGGCCUUCGCCCUCCUCGCGGGCCAGGACGCACACAACUCCCGCGCCCAGCUUCACCUCGACCUCUCCUACUUCGUCACCCACCUCUUCGCCUCGCUCCCCUCGCUCUGCAUGAAUCCGGACCUGGAGUUGACCUCCAAAUCCCUCCACAUCCGGCCCGCGACGGCCGCUGCGACGCGCGACAACCGCGUGAACCUCCAGACCACCACCGUCCUGCUCCUCCGCUGCCUGACGGCCGUUCUCCUGCCCGCCUACCAGAUCCGCUCCGUUCCACCCCUGCGGCUGGCGGCCUUCUCCAAGCAGCUCAUGUCGGCCGCUCUCCACCUGCCCGACAAGUCGGCCCAGGCGGUGCUGGCGCUGAUGCAGGACGUCUCGCACACGCAUGGCAAGAAGAUUUCGUCGCUGUGGCGCACCGAGGAGAGGAAGGGCGACGGCACCUACAACGCGCUGAGCGAGAGUGUCGAGGGCAGCAACCCGUUCGCGACGACGGUGUGGGAGGGCGAGCUCCUGCGGAGGCACUUCUCGCCCAAGGUGCGGGAGGGCGUCAAGCUAUUAGAAAAAGAGAUCAGUAACGCAUAA